AUGGCAAUCUUGAAUGCUUUGAGCUUGAUAAUGAGCCACUUGGGCUUAAUUCUCGCUGGGAUCGCGUUUCUACUGAUACUCCUGGUCGCGCAAUAUGCAGUUGCCAGCCGUCGGCCCAACAACUUUCCUCCUGGUCCACGGGGACUUCCCGUAAUUGGGAAUCUGCAUCAAUUACCCCUUCGGAAAGCGUUCUUACGCCAACAUCAAUGGACGAAGGAAUAUGGUAGCAUCAUUGGGCUGAAAUUAGGCCCCCAGAAUGUUGUGGUGCUGAACGGCUAUCGUCAUGUCCAAGAGAUUUUCGAUAAGAGAGGCGCAAUCUACUCCAGUCGACCAAAUAACUAUGUCGGUGGGGAGCUCAUAUGCCCAAACGAAACCCAUAUCCUCCUGGCGCAGUACGGUCAAGGAUGGAGGACUCUCCGCAAGUCUGUUCAGGGCUUGCUGAAUGUGUCUGCUGUGGAUUCGCUAUAUCCAAUACAAACGGCGGAGGCCACACAGACGAUGUGCCAGUUGUUGGACGAGCCCGCCGGCUAUUACGAUCACAUCCGCCGCUAUUCCACCGCCGUCAUCCUUGCCUCUGUAUUUGGCCAGCGAGGCGAGAGCUUUCAAUCACCAAAAGUCCAGGCUCUGUAUCACGCACAAGACCGAUUCACUGCGCUUCUCGAACCUGGGGCAACUCCGCCUGUGGAUGCCUUUCCUAUCUUGAAAGCCAUUCCGGAGUUUCUCAGUCCCUGGAGAAAAGAGGCAAAAGAAAUACGGCAAGAGCAAAAUUCGCUCUACUCCAAGCUUUUAGAUGAAACCAAAGACCGCAUCCGAAAGGGAAACUCGACUUCAUGCUUUAUGGAGAAAAUAUUGAAAGAUCAGGAGAAGAUCGGCUUCACCACAGAGCAGGUGAUCUAUCUAGGAGGAAUUUUGAUGGAGGCCGGGUCUGAUACCACAUCAUCUACGUUACUUACCUUUGUGCUCGCCAUGACGCAGUACCCAGAGAUUUUGAAAAAAGCACAAGAAGAAAUAGACCAUCUCUGCGGCAGUGACCGAUCACCUACCUUUGAUGACAUUGAGGAGCUGAAGUACUUGAAGGCGUGUAUGAACGAGACACUGCGAUGGCGACCAAUCGCGCCUGGUGGUAUUCCUCACAUGCUAAUUCAAGAUGACUAUUAUGAGGGUUACUUUCUACCCAAGGGCACCAUCUUGUUCGCGAAUACAUGGGCCAUCCACAUGGACGAAAGUGAAUACGACGAACCUGAGAAAUUUAUACCGGAGCGCUUCAUUGAUAACAAAUUCGGCUGUAAAUCUCAUGUCACUGAUAGUCACCGCCGAGUGACUUAUAGUUUUGGUGCAGGACGACGAGUUUGCCCUGGCCAACGACUAGCUGAAAAUUCGCUGAUGCUCAACAUGGCCAAGAUGGUUUGGCUUUUCAACAUCGAAUCUGAUUCCUCUGCUCCACUAGACUUAAGUAUGAGCUCGGCCUUCUCGGAUGGAUUUCUCGUUGCCCCCAAGAAGUUCCCUGUCAAAUUUUUGCCUCGAUCCGAUCGGCACGUGCAGGUCAUUCGAGGGGAGGUUGAGAAAUGCUCCGAAGUUUUCGCGCGUUAUGAAUAG